GGAGCACCAUCGCCGAGGCCGCCGGGAAGAAUGACUGUUGGAUGCCUACUACAGCCCCCUUUCCUGGGGAGGACUUGGCUCCCCGUGCUGCUGCUGGCGGCCUCCGCUCACUGCCACUGGCCCAGCGAGCCGGCAGAAGUGGUUCGGGACUGGGAAAACCAGCUAGAGGCCUCCAUGCACUCCGUGCUCUCGGACCUCCGUGAGACUGUGCCAGCCGUGGUGGGCAUACCGGACAGCUCUGCUGUGGUGGGACGCUUCUUCAGAGUCUCCAUCCCCACGGAUUUAAUUGCUUCCAAUGGAGAAGUUGUCCAGAUCUCCGAAGCUGGGAAGGACUCCUUGCCUUCUUGGUUACACUGGAACACGGAGAGCAGCUCCCUGGAAGGGCUGCCCCUUGACACGGACAAGGGCGUCCACUACAUCUCGGUGACCACGCUGCAGCCCUUCCCCAAUGGGAGCUACGUGCCACAGACCACAAACGUCUUCUCCGUUGAGGUCCACCAAGAAGACCACAACGAGCCUCAGUCGGUGCGAGUGGCCGUCCAAGACACAGGUGACGCAGCACCAUUUGUGUGUGGCUCGGAAGAUCCUGUCACGAUCCUGACUGUCAUUUUGGAUGCUGACUUAACAAAAAUGACACCAAAGCAGAGGAUUGAACUCUUAAACAGAAUGAGAAGCUUCUCGGAGGUGGAACUUCAUAACAUGAAGUUGGUUCCUGUUGUAAAUAACAGACUCUUUGACAUGUCGGCCUUCAUGGCUGGACCAGGAAAUGCAAAGAAGGUGGUGGAAAACGGGGCCUUACUCUCAUGGAAACUGGGAUGUUCUCUGAGCCAAAACAGCGUCCCCAACAUCAGCAAGGUGGAGGCCCCAGCUAAGGAAGGAACCAUGUCUGCCCGCCUUGGCUAUCCCGUUGUUGGCUGGCACAUCGCUAACAAGAAACCUCACCUUCCAAAGAGGAUGCGGCGGCAGAUCAACGCCACCCCUACACCAUUGACCGCCAUCGGGCCACCCACCACUGCCGCACAAGAACCGCCAACCAGGAUCGUCCCCACCCCGACGUCGCCCGCCAUCGCGCCUCCCACAGAGACGAUGGCACCCCCUGUCCGGGAGCCCAUUCCGCUGCCUAGGAAGCCUACGGUCACCAUCAGAACGAGGGGCCCCAUCGUCCAGACGCCCACUCUGGGACCGAUCCAGCCAACCAGGGUAGCAGAAGGCACCGGCACGGCCUCCGUGCCAAUUCGCCCCACGAUGCCUGGGUACGUAGAGCCCACGGCGGUGAUCACCCCGCCCACAACUACCACCAAGAAACCCAGAGUCUCCACUCUGAAGCCAGCCACGCCAUCCACAACGGAUUCCUCCACGGCGACGACGCGAAAGCCUACUCGAAGACCCAAAACGCCCCGUCCGACGAAGCCCCCCAGCACGACCAGAUCCCCCAUCUCCAAGCUGACCACGGCCUCCCCGCCGACCCGCAUACGCACCACAGCCAGCGGGAUCCCCCGGCCCGGGGAGCCAAAUGAGCCACCCAAGCUGACAAACCACAUCGACAGGGUCGACGCGUGGGAGGGCACCUACUUUGAGGUUAAAAUACCAUCAGAUACCUUCUACGACAAGGAAGAUACCACCACCGACAAACUGCAGCUGACCCUGAAGCUGAAGGAGCAGCAGAUGAUAGAGGAGAAUUCAUGGGUCCAGUUCAACAGCACCAGCCAGCUUAUGUACGGCAUGCCGGACCACAACCACAUCGGGAAGCACGAGUACUUCAUGUACGCGACUGACAAAGGCGGGCUCUUUGCCGUGGAUGCUUUUGAAAUCCACGUCCACAAACGCCCGCACGGGGACAAGUCUCCAGUGAAGUUCAAGGCCAGGCUGGAAGGAGACCACAACGCGGUGGUCAAUGACAUCAAUAAGAAGAUCAUGCUGGUGAAGAAGCUGGCUCUGGCGUUUGGCGACAGGAACAGCAGCACCAUCACGGUGCAGGACAUCGCCAAAGGCUCCAUCGUGGUGGAGUGGACGAACAAUACGCUGCCCCUGGAGCCCUGCCCCCGGGAGCAGAUCCGGACUUUGAGCAAAAAAAUUGCGGAUGACUCCGGCGGGCCGAGCCCAGCUUUCUCCAACGUCUUGCAGCCCGAGUUCAAGCCUCUGAACGUGUCGGUGGUCGGCUCCGGCAGCUGCAGGCACAUCCAGUUCAUCCCCGUGACGAAGGACGGAAGGGUGAUCUCGGAGGCGACGCCGACGGUGGCGGCAGGCAAAGACCCCGAGAAGAGCAGCGAGGACGACGUGUACCUGCACACCGUCAUCCCCGCCGUGGUGGUGGCCGCCAUCCUCCUGGUGGCCGGUAUCAUCGCCAUGAUCUGCUACCGCAAGAAGAGGAAAGGGAAGCUGACCAUCGAAGACCAGGCCACCUUCAUAAAGAAAGGCGUGCCCAUCAUCUUCGCCGACGAGCUGGAUGACUCCAAGCCUCCGCCGUCCUCCAGCAUGCCCCUCAUCCUCCAGGAGGAGAAAGCCCCGCUGCCCCCCCCAGAGUACCCCAACCAGAGCAUGCCGGAGACCACACCGCUCAACCAGGACACCAUCGGGGAGUACACGCCGCUGCGGGACGAGGACCCCAACGCGCCGCCCUACCAGCCUCCCCCCCCUUUCACCGCACCCAUGGAGGGGAAAGGCUCCCGCCCGAAGAACAUGACCCCGUACAGGUCUCCGCCGCCCUACGUCCCCCCUUAA